AUGGGUGUCAGAAUUCUGUUCCUGGCUGCUGUGGUUCUAAUAUUGUUUCUGCGGAACUCAUCCUCACAAAGCUGUCAUGACCACAAUGAUUUUGAGCAGCAGAUGUCGAAAGAGGGGUACUCAAGGUGUCCAUGGGUGAACCAUAUGUAUAUCAAGGGAUUCAAGAAGAAAAGCUCACCCAAUGAUUUGAGAGGUUUCAAGGCAGCAAAAUGCUGUGUGCCCCCUUCAGUUUAUCUAUGGAAGCCUAAUAUUUGUACAUCCGCUGACUGGGAUUUGAGUUUUAGAAAGUGGGUUACUUUUACUUACAAUAUAGCCAAAGUUAGCCCAAGCUCACUAGGAGAGCCCAGAACAACAGCUAAUUAAUUAUUCAUACGGCAAAAAUUUAAGACGUUGUAUGAAAAUUACCCUAUUUCUCCAUAAUUGAGCGAAAACGUGCAUUGAAUUUUUCCUUUUAAGCUUGCAUUUUGUAUUUUCUUAUGUUUACUUGUGUGUUGACUGCGUUUCAGGCCUCUUAGGAUGCCAAGAACCUGAGAACAACACUACCCUACUAAGCUAAUAAAUUAUUCACACAGCGAGAAAAUUAUAAGACGUUGUAUGAGAAAUAUUCUUUGCUCACCAAAUUGACUUGUGCAUUAAUACGAUAUCGCUUCAAAACUUACCUUUAGGGUCUUCUUGAUUUUCAUUGCGUUCUGACUGCAUUUUAGACCUCCUAGGCACUGUUUAAUGCUUUUUUUUUGAGAGACAGUUUUUCGCCCAGAUGACAGUAGAGAGAAAAGAAGACUUGACCGGCUCCGCUCUCGGCGGCGAUAAACUGCAUGACAUUAGGGACUUUAAGAUAGUUCACUGCGGUCGCCUGUGACGGUUGGAUAGAUGUCAUGUCACGCACAAAAAGGAGGGCAUUUUACUGUCGUCCUUCUGGGACGGUAUGUUUUCGCGGGGAUUCUCGUCGUGAAGACAACGGUGAAACCUGUAAGAGUUCAUGCAUACUUACUGUCACUUGUCUUCUAAAACUGAGUACCCAAUGGGUUAAAUAUGCGUUGGGUUGUGUUUAUAUUGAUUUACCGAUCGGUGAAAUGAAAAAAAUAAACAAAUAAAAAAUAGCGAAAACGUCUGAGUUCAAUUAUGAGGCAUAACUCGUCGCCUGACGACUACUUGUUUUCUACUUAGUGUCAUCCGCCAUGGCAGAAGAAAAAUUGCCGAAAAGAAAGGUAACUAAUGAUUGUAGCCGUCUUUUUCAACGUAAAACUGUAUUUAUAUCACGAAAAGAUUUCUUUAACUCAAAAGGUGUUAGCUCAGGAGAGGAAAGUUCAAAUAAAAACAUCGAUUAGCUUAGAAAACUAGCUAGCUGUAAUUUCUACCCUUACUCUUCUUUCGCCAUUCUUCGUAUAAAAUAAGAAACUCUUCUUCAGUAAUUUAGCCUUCUGCGAAAGAAAUUACAAGGGAGUUUCGCACUUCAUCAAAUGAAAUAGUCAUAUACUUAACCGUCCUCUGUUUUGUUUUCCGAAUCUUAAAUUGAAAAUUUCGCGCCCUUUUACUGUCAUGGCCCCAGGCCGCCCUUAUACGCAUCCAACCGUCCCAGCCUACCGUAGUGAACCAUCUUAAAUUCCAUCUUGGCAUCCUAAGAGGCCUGAAACGCUUUCAACACACAAAUAAACAUAAGAAAAAUACAAAUGCAAGCUUAAAAGGAAAAUUUAAUGCGCGUUUUCUCUCAACUAUGGAGAAAUAGGGUAAUUCUCAUACAACGUCUGACAAUUGUUGCCGUAUGAAUGAUUAAUUAGCUGUUGUUGAGGGCUAGUCUCUCAUAGCAAGCUUGGGUUACCUGUGAUAUAGCUAGUCCACGUUCAUACUUUCAUCCUGCUCAUUAUUUAGCGAUGUAAUAUUUUUUAGGGGAAAGGAUUUGGAGUGAAAACAUCAUCUGUUUUGUCUUUUAACGGCUUGUAAAUUAUUCUUUUGACUAAAUUUAGUUUUAUCGUUGUUAAGUUUAGUUUCUUAACGUUAUAAGGAGUAUCGUUAGUCUUAUUGCCAAAAUACAUGUAUGAGUACCAAAUAUACCAGAAAUUAAGGCAAACUUUAUCAAUCAAUCAAUCAAGAGUGGCAGUUCUGCUAGUGUCUCCGAAAGAAAAAUAAUAAAUAAAACAAAAUAAAAAUAGAAAUAGUACAAUUAAAAUAAAUUUUAUAAAAAAACACAGGAGCCGAUUACUUGCUCCUGAUAAACAUCAAUUACACACACAUGAUAUAUACAACUAUUUUUUUCAAGUUCAUUGCAAAUAGGCUUAUCGGCCAUUCUCGGUCGUCUUUGAAAUAGCACAUACUUUUGUAAGUUAAGAAAAAUUGAAAUCAGAGGCCACUUUCACGAAAAUCUCGGUAACUUUUUGCGCUCAAAGUCAAAUAUUCAAAUCGGAAUCGAAAGAAUAAACGCACAUUUUGUUUUGUUAACUGACAGUUUAAAUCAUACUAUCUUUAUACUAUCCAUCGGAUAAAUCUCUAUUCACUGGAUAACGCAAUUGCUUUUCCUAAUUUAUCCACUGGAUAGUGAUUUAUCCAUCUUUUGAACAACGGAGGCCAGGGUUUCGAGAUACAGGCCCUAAGCGAGAAUUACAUCAUGCGUAGAUUAAAUUGUUAUUAUUUUUUCUAGGGAAGGAUGGGCUACCUGUCCAUCCGGGCAUUUCCUCCUUGGAUUCCACCGGGGUGGGAGUAACCAAUUGAGGAGUAUUCAGUGGGCCACUUGCUGUAAGCCAGGCGUUCAUCCACACCGCUACAAAGAAUGCUAUGAUCAGAAUGUUGGAAGCGGAGAUACCUGGGAAUGCAACAGACGUUAUUACUAUGUUGUUGGUAUUCACCGAGGCGCAUCCGAGAGUCUGUCUAGUAUCAAUAGACUAAGAUGCUGCAGCAUGUAUGACCGUAUGUAUUACGUGGAAUCUAAUCGAUUUAGCCUGGUCAAAUAGCAGUUGAUAUUUGAUGCAGACUGCUAUUGAUGAGACUGUUAAGGUGGUGAUCAAGGAACUAUCUACAAUUGUAGUUCCCAGGGCUUUUUCUCACACUUCCCAUUAUCUUGGGGGGAAAGCUCUGGGAACGAGUUGGAUCAAGGAAUGGUACUUAGUCAAAUGCAAUCGCCCAACGCAAACUAACCAAGUCAAAUGAUGACCAGAUGACUGCGUUUGGUAUCGCAAAUAAAGUGCUUUUGAAUCUCAGUCAUUAUUACCAGGAGCCAAUUACCCGGAGCCUCCAUCUCCCAUAUAUGCCCUUAGAGUUAAACCUUUCCGUUUUAAUCUAUUUCUGUUAGUAAAAACUGAAUCAUUGGAUGAUGCAAUUAUAGGGUUCCGAUUGGCUUAGCCAUUAUACCAUGCUCUCCAAAUAUGGUAACUGUAGGCGUCUGCUCAAAAUUAAAAACAAGCUGAAAAGCGGUUGUUUUUACAAAAAAUAAUAAAGUCGGAAAGAGUUCUCGAUAUUUUGUGGGCAUUUUUAAUAAAACAAACACCGUCGCGCUUGUUGGAUUGGGAUGAUUAUAGCCAACUCGACGCGUGCGCCUCGUUGGCUAUCUAACAUCUCAUAUCCAAAGCACACUCGUCGAAUAAUUGUUAAUUAUAACUGAUCAUGGGAUAAUAAACAUUGUACUCGCUUAAGAACUGUCUAACAAUUUUUUCUUUCGCCAACAGAGGUUCUCCCUUUGAAGGGCCUGGAUGACGUCAAAACACGAAUAAUGGAUGUAACUCUGAGUAAGCUUGCUCUUCUGGCUCAUUAUCUCGGGUAUGGCUGGGCUAGCGGCUGCAGAGGACGAGUGGUGGGUGAAGACUUCAUACGAGAUGGGGACAGGUGGAAAGCUGUUUACCGAAGCGGUUGUAGUGGAUACAUGUCAUCGCAAAGACUGAAGAUCGCCUACGAAAACUUUUCCUUCAGAGUCAAGAAAAUGGACUACAAGAAACCUGAAAUUAAGUCAAUUAAGCCCAUUGUGCAGGAUGCCGGAGAGAUAAAGAAUCAAGAUUCCUUGCCAACUACAACGAACGUAAGGCGUCAAAUUAAGAGCGUGCGCACUGUAACACACUCAUCAACGGAAAGGUUUAAGACGACCGUUGGUGCCUCUCUGACGCUUAGUUAUAAGUCCCCAGGGCUGGUUGGAGAUGUCGCUAAGGGAACCUUCAAAGCAUCUUUCACCGUGUCUGGUGGAAAAGAAAGUGCGCAGUUAAACACAGACACAAAUGGCGAGAUUAAGUGGGAUAUUGUCACCGUGUCUGAAACACAGACGACUAGUGGCAACGCAGGAACAUCUUACCAGAUUACCACUUCAAAGAAGCAGAUCGACGUACCAUACAAAGCUACAAUACAAGUUCAGUUCACAGCCAGGCUUGAAGGAUUUCUCAGAUGGGGUGGUGGUCCCAAUGGAAAGAAUACAAAUUAUCAUCAAAAAUGGCGAGGCUCCGGCGAUAGACCCACCUUUAACUACAACAUUGGUACAACGGACAAACCAUUCUACAAAUUUCUGAAAGAGGCAAGUGAUCGAGGAGACAGUCCUUGGCUUUGGCAUCUGUUAAAACAGAAAAUACCAUACUCGCAAACCGUGCUGAACAGUCUGACCGAUGAAAGCUUGUACGAGUUUGAACUUCAUGGCAAGUUCCGCGAUGUGGCCGGAUUAGAUUUCAAUGUUCAGUGGGACGACGUGGCUUUGACAAAUUAUACUCUGUCUUUUUGA